UGGGUACAUCACUCCAUGGACUUGUGUACAACCUAAACAUGUAUACAUAGACAUUGCUAUUCCUCCUAUUGUCUACAGCAGCAGUUACAGCACUGCACAUAGUACCAGUAAGUAUUGAUGAACAUUUAAUUAAGUGCAUUACUGGCUUUAUAUGACCUUUAGGUAUGUUGCUAUCUAUAGAGGUAGAAUUGUCAGCUUACUAUACAGUUGACAAUAGUAGUACAGUGAAGUCUGCUGCUGUAGAUACAGUUGUAGUGAUAGUGUGUACUAUAGUUGGUACAGUAUUUGUACUAAUACUACUAAUUGUAAUCAUCACUACUAGUAUCUGGUGUGUGAGAAAAAGGAAAGAAGGUAAUUCAAUUGAGAUGACAGUAAAUAAUCCAGCAUAUGGUCAGAUUGAACAAACAGCAAGACCUAUACAGUCAGUACAAGGAUCAGUAUUAAACACAAAUGUUAAUCCAGCUUAUGAGACUGUUGUUGUUUAUGAAUAUGUAAUGUAAUUAAUUAACAGAUCAUAACAUAACAGACCGUACCCCUAAUCCCCGACGUGACGAAGACAUCGGGAGAUGGCCCUGGCAACAUCAUAGAUGGCUAGUCUCGCAGACCAGACAUCGAGGGGAACAUGAACAUGAUGGAUAUUCAUCUGUUUUUGUUUAUAAGUCUUCUCCUCAUUUCAAAAGGAGCGCAUAGCGCUGAUAUAACGGUUGAUCCUACUUCUGUUACUGUUCCUAUUUAUGAGACAGCAAGUUUUACUUGUGAAGGAACUGGCAAUGAAUUGAAUUGGCUAGUAGGGAGUACUCUACUAACAGAAUCUGUUGGACAACAAAGAGAUAUAUCAAUUACUAGCAGCAAUGAAGGUGGUGUUCUGUCUUCAGUACUUACUAUUACUGGGUUACCUGUUAAUGAUAGAUUACAAAUUGGCUGUCAAAUAAUAUCCCAUCCACCUUUUGAACAAGUGUUCUCUAACACUAGUAGUAAACUGUCAUUAAGAGGAGUAUCACCAGUUGAAGACAUACAAUGGUCUAUUGAUGAUCAGCUUUUGUCAUGGUCUCCUCCUUCUUUCUAUUCUGAUGAUAUUAUUUUAGGAGGCUAUGCUGUCACUACAUAUGAUGUACUAGUGAAUGGCACAAGUUAUAUCAGCACUACUGAUACAAGUGUAUGGUUGAAUACUACUGGAUUACCUUGUACUAAUGUUACUGUCAGUAUUGAUGCAUCUAUUGGACAAUAUGUAUCACAAGGGAGAGAAUAUAUUUUUAACAUCACUGCAAGUUACACUAUCAGUAUAUUAAAUUACACUCUGGUGUAUAAUGAAACAAGCGAUUUGUUUUCUAUUAAUCUAAUAAACUUGGUAAAUAGUUCAGCACAAUUCUGUAACACUACCAUAUAUGGCAUCCUUUAUCCUGAUGAAGGAGUAACACAGACCCCAUAUUAUACCAGUACUGAUGGACUAGUAUCAUACACAAUGACUGGAUUAAAACCAUGCAAGAUUUACACUGUUCAAGUCAUUGUAUUGAAUUCCUUAUUUGCUAUUGAAGAUCAAGAUAAUGUCACAAUCACUACAUAUAAUGUACAAGACCUGCUAGUAUCUCCAUAUACCAAUGGAUCAGUUAGUGUACAGUGUGUGUUUGUAUCAGGAUCAACUGCUGAUGGAUGUCAUGUGGUAUUUACUGAUACUAGUAAUGGAAGGAAUGAAUCAUUUAAUAUAACUGGAUCAGGCAAUAGUGCACUGGUAACAUUAUCAACCAGUGGAGUAUAUAAUGUAACAGCAUAUGACAUUAGUGAUGAUGAAAGUAUUGUACCAUGGACUUGUGUACAACCUAAACAAGUGUAUGUGAGUUCUAUAACUUCCUCUAUAACUUUCUCCAGUGCAGAUAGUACUAUCAGUGUCAGCUCUAUUUCUUCCACUACUGCCAUCAGUAUUUCUGUUAUUCCAAUACCAUCGUCAUUUGGAAUUGAAGCUACACAAGGAACUGAUGGUAACUCAAUAAUUUACAUCAUUUCUGGAGCGAUUGGUGCUGGUUUAUUGGUGAUACUCAUAGUAAUACUCAUAGUAAUACUCAUAGUGGUAGCAUUGAUUGUGAUGUGUAAGAGACAAGCUAAGAAGAAAAAACGUAAUUUAAAUUCAGUCGGUGUUAAACCUACAAGUAACAGAUGUGUAAUGAGCAGUGCUGGUCAAAACAGCUCAUCGUCACAAUCUGAUUCUGUUGGUUUACCUCCAAAUAGUACCAAAAGUCACACGGAUCCUACUGGACAACCAGCAUAUAGCUUAUCAUCCACUUAUAAUUCUACUGCUCCAUUACUACCACCUGGUCAUGAUGAUGAUGCUGUCACUGCAUAUAGAAGUAAUGACACUGUUGUUGCUCUUGCUACAAAUGAUAAAACUGAUGAUGAAAUUGUUGUUUCUAGAGAUAUUAAUAAGGGAGGGAAUGUUACUGUUCCUGGAGAUCUUAACUCAACUACAUGUACUAGCAAAGAUGAGCCUGUUUGGAAAGAUUUUUCUCCUCCUAAUGAUGAUUUGAACACUAGUACUGAUCAACAAAGUUCAUCUCAGGCUGUACAAAAUGAGUGUUUUUAUUCUGAAGCUGAAGAAGAAUCUCCCCGAAAAAGAGCUUCUAGUCUUUGUGUUACGUCAUUAGUUGAACAACCGAAAGAUGAGGAUAAUCACUCAUCAACUCGUUGGUUUGCCAUUGAAAAUUCCAUCAAUAGUAAUAAUGGGCCUGCUCCUCUUUCUGUGGCAUUAUUGUUUCCUGGACAUGAAAAUAGCAGUAAAACUGGUACACAAGAUAAAAAUGAAACUCUCCUUUAUGACGAUUUAAAUGAUGAAAUGCCACCAGAAAAAUUUGAUGAUUCUGGCCAUUCUGGUGUGAUGACAGUGACCCGUUGUAUGCCACUAGAUCUGUCAAAAGACGUAACCAAUGAUGAUUCUGAUCACUCUGGUGAGAUUGUAGUUCCUCAUUAUGUAGUUCCUCAUUAUGUGCCACCUGGCCCGCCACAAGUAGAGGAAAAAGUGAAUAAUGAGAUACCAGCCUUGUCUAGUGGUAAGGAAGAGAAUGAGAAUGACAGCAUCAAACAACUUGACACUGCUGAAGUCACUAGUAAUGACUCAAUUCUACAGGCCAUUGAUACUUUGCAUAGUGACACUGGUACUGCCCCUAAGAUGCAUUCUGAUACUGUAUCAUCAGGAAAAAACAGUUUAAAGAUCAUUAGUAAGUAG